ACCAGGGGUGGACUGACCAUUUGGAAACUCGGGCACUGCCCAAGGGCCCGGGGUCAGUAGGGAGCCCCAUGAGAUGGCCCUGGUACCUUUUUCAUAGGCAAUUUUUUUUGAGUUUGGGCAAGGACACAGGGGCCCCAUGAUCCCCUAUUGCCCAGGGGCCCCAUGAGUUGUCAGUCCGCCCCUGUUUAUGACAGUUGUUUUUCUGAGUUCGCCCCUGCCCACUAUACAGAACGUCAUGUGUCCCCAAUAUCCAGAAUGUCAUGUAUCCCCAAUAUCCAGAACGUC